AACCAACGCCUGGGGCCCGGGGCCUGGGCUAAACAAGCCAUAGAAGAGACCAGCUUAGAAGAAGAAGAACAAGAAGAGCAAGAACCCCCCUUGGAAGAACCAGAACCAGAACUCGACCACCGUCGCAUGGAAUGAUUUCCAUAUGUACCGCAAAAUAUGCGGACGACGAAGGAUCCCGCUUUUGGCAUCCCUAUCACACCUUGAGUGGGAGAUCCGCGGUGGCGAAUCGAAGGAAGAAAGUCCGCGGCUGAGACAUCGCCCGGAUCACUCUCUCGAGAGAUUCAAUCCAAGCCGCCUUGGGAAGUGCCUACGGGCAAAGAAGACCCGAAGAGCCUCAGGAAGAGCUACGGGAAAACCGUGGCUGAGCUCUUCGCCAGAGAGCGUUGUCGGACUGUUGGCUGGGGCAGCACUGCUCCGGAGGGGGUGGGGUGGGAAGAAAAUACCGACAAGAGAGGAAGCUGUGGGGACAGGGGCGAGGCCCCUGGAGGUGGGCAUACGUGCCCCGACAGGGUUCUGUGUGUGCGGACUGUGUCCGUGGGGCGAGACGACUUGCACAGAGUGCGGUCAUGGGGGGUUUUUUUUUGCAGCGGAGGAGCGAACACCAGAGCGCAUCACGGAUACCUACAAACGACAAGUUGCCGCUGCAGUACUACCUAGCAUUACAACAGCCCCCGACAUGUCAGACAUUCCCACCUCAGGAGGUAGCGAGAACGAAACUAUCAGCGAACCGCCUAUCUACAACGGUGGUAAAGCUACAAUGGACGCACACAAAACCAUUUUGGCACCAACGCCACAGCUCACCGACGACUCGACGACUGAGACAUGGAAUUCGCUCGCAUCCGAUGCUGCAACACAUCAUUUGUGACGGAGGAACGACUCAUGGACCACGGUCCGUUUGUGACGAAAGAACGUCUCUUGGACCACGGUCCACAUGCGGGUCUGGCAUACCGCCGACUCGCCGGCUCUAGAGCCAUAAGAAGUUCCUACCGGAUUCGAUCCAUUUCAAUGUGGAUCAGAUCGUAACAAUUGUUAACGGCGGUGACUUGUUCAUCGAGGUUACGGUUCCGGACAGCUCUGAAGAGCUUCCGGAUAGCUCUGAGGAGCUUGAGGUGGCGCUUUCGGAGGCUCUGAGGGACGGUGGAGACUUGUUCAUCGAGGUUACGGUUUCGGACAGCUCUGAGAUUCAAGGCGGUCACGGGCUCUCCAAAUCGGUCAGGUUCAGAGUUUUCUCUCUAUCGCCGAGGAGCUUGCUAGCCAUGUUGGGUUGGUGGUCGCUAUAGGUAGUC